CCAUGGCCGGCCACAGACGCGCCCCCUCGGCCUCGCUCAAGGGCAAGCCGCGUCUCUCGCCCGUGCCGCUGCGCGACAUCUUCUUCAUCCGCCUGGUCAAUGCCUGGUGCCUGGCCACCUUCUUCCAGCCCGACGAGUUCUUCCAGGCCUUGGAGCCGGCCUGGCGCCUCGCCUUUGGGCCAGAUAGCGGCGCGUGGCUGACGUGGGAAUGGCAUCACCAGCUCAGGUCCUCCCUCCAUCCCCUCCUCUUCUCCGCCGCCUACACCAUCGCAGACCGUCUGUCCGCCAUCAUCCCGCCAGGCUCCGCCAUCCGCUCCGUCAUUGUCGUUGCUGCUCCCCGCGUCCUACAGGCCCUGAUUGCGGCCCUAGGCGACUGGUACACCUGGCAUCUUGCGGCCCACGUCUACGGCUCCGACAGCAACGUCUCCUUUUUCGCUCUCUUUAUGCAACUCCUCAAUCCCUGGCAAUGGUACUGCUCCACCAGGACCUUCUCCAACUCCCUCGAGACAACCCUCACCGUCAUGGCCCUCACCUACUGGCCCUGGCAGCUCCUCGGCGCCGCCCCCUAUUCCAUCAAGGAAAACGCCGCGCCCUUCAACGUCCUACGCGGCUCUAAGCUCUGGAGCCUACGCGCAUCCCUCUGCCUCGCCGCCUUGGCCGUCGUCCUGCGCCCGACCAACGUCCUCAUCUGGCUCACCAUCGUCUUCCUUGCCCUGACCAGGAUCUCGCUGCAAGGCAACUCCCCUCUGAGCCUUUCCACCGUCGUCAUCCUCUUCAGAGAAGCUCUGCUAUGCGGCUCUCUGGUGGUGGGCCUCUCCGUCCUCGCCGACAGGCUCUACUUUGGCUUCUGGACCUUCCCGCCGUACAACUUCCUCAACUUCAACAUAUCAAAGUCCCUGGCCGUCUUCUACGGCCGCAACCCCUGGCACUACUACAUCCUCCAGGGCAUCCCUCUGCUGUGCACCACCAGCCUCCCCUUUGUCGUCCCAGCGCUCUUCAAGCCUUCGUCCAAGACGCCGACCCAGGCCAACAUCCUUCGCACGCUCUCCUACACCGUCUUCACCACCGUCGUCGCCCUCUCCCUCAUCUCCCACAAGGAAGUCCGCUUCAUCUACCCUCUCCUCCCGGCCCUCAACGUCCUCGCCGCGCCCCGAGCCGCCUCCUUCUUCACCUCCAUAUCCGCGCCGCCUUCUCAAUCCUCCGGGACCAAAUCUCCCACCAACGUCCGCCGCGCUCGCCUCCGCAACAAGCCUCUCCUCCUCGCCGCCCUGGGCAUCAACGUCCUCCUCGCCGGCUACCUCUCCUUCCUCCACCAACCCGCCCCCCUGACCGUCCUCUCGUUCCUCCGCAAGCAGUACGAGCGCAUCCACCCCUCCGCCGUCCGCCUCGCCCACGAAACCCACUACCGCUCCUCCUCCUCCUCCCCCCCUCCCCUCAACGCCACCGCGGCUGAGGAGGACCCCAACCCCGAGGCCCUCUUCGCCCUCUUCCUCAUGCCCUGCCACUCCACCCCCUGGCGCUCCCACCUCGUCUACCCGGGCCUCUCCGCCUACGCGCUCACAUGCGAGCCCCCGCUGCACACCCAGCCGGGCACCCCAGAGCGCGACCUCUACCGCGACGAAGCGGACCGCUUCUACGACGCUCCCGUGUCCUUCUUGCGCGGCGAGCUCUUUGCGCCGGGAAACCCCGUCGUGCCCGUCCCGCGGUACAUUGUCGGCUUCGAAGGCGUGGAGCCCUGGCUGCGCGAGUUUCUCGAGACGACGCCCGAGGGCAAGGCGUUGGGCGUGUCGGAGCUCAGGAGGGUGUGGGCGGGGUUCAAUGGCUUCUUCAACGAGGAUUGGAGGAGGGCUGGGUAUAUGGUUGUUUGGGAUACGGGAGUUUAUGGGGAGGUUUGA